AUGUCGGAGCGGAGCGCCCCGGGCUGCCGGCUCAGGCUGGACUGGGUCUACGGGUACCGGGGCCACCAGUGCCGGAACAACCUGUACUACACCGCCGGCAAGGAGCUGGUGUACUUCGUGGCCGGAGUCGGGGUCGUUUACAACACCCGGGAGCACAGCCAGAGGUUCUACCUGGGCCACGACGACGACAUCAUCAGCUUGGCGCUGCACCCGGAGCGCUCCCUGGUGGCCACCGGUCAGGUGGGGAAGGAUCCGUACGUGUGUGUGUGGGACACCUUCACCGUCCAGACUGUGUCUCUGCUGCGUGACGGACACACACACGGCAUCGCCUGUCUGGCUUUCAGUGCAGACGGACAGCGUUUGGCCUCGGUCGGCCUUGAUGCCAAGAACACAGUGUGUAUCUGGGAAUGGAAGCGAGGGAAGAUCUUGGCUACAGCCACCGGACACUCAGACCGGAUCUUCGACGUGUGCUGGGAUCCGUUCCAGCAGAACCGCCUGGUGAGCUGCGGAGUCAAACACAUCAAGUUCUGGUCCCUGUGUGGAAACGCUCUGACUCCGAAGCGAGGGAUCUUCGGGAAGACGGGCGACCUGCAGACCAUCCUCUGCGUCGCCGCCGCCAAAGACGACGUCACGUACUCGGGCGCCCUCAACGGGGACAUUUACGUCUGGAAGGGACUAAACCUGAUCCGGACCGUUCAGUCUGCCCACGGGGCUGGUAUCUUCAGCAUGUACUCCUGUGAUGAAGGUUUCGCUACAGGAGGCAGAGACGGCUGCAUCCGGCUCUGGGACGUCGACUUCAAACCCAUCACCAAGAUCGACCUGCGGGAGGGCGAGCAGGGGUACAAAGGUCUGUCCAUUCGCAGCGUCUGCUGGCGAGCUGACCGGAUCUUGGCAGGGACGCAGGACAGUGAGAUCUUUGAGGUGAUGGUGCGGGACCGGGACAAGCCGCUGCUCAUCAUGCAGGGACACAGCGAGGGCGAGCUCUGGGCGCUGGACGUCCAUCCCAAGAAGCCGCUGGCCGUCACCGGCAGCGACGACCGCUCAGUCAGGUUGUGGAGCCUGGUGGACCACGCCCUCAUCGCUCGCUGUAACAUGGAGGAGGCGGUACGCAGUGUGGCGUUCAGUGUGGACGGCUCCCAGCUGGCUCUGGGUAUGAAGGACGGCUCCUUCACCGUGCUGAGAGUCAGAGACAUGACCGAGGUGGUUCACAUAAAGGACCGUAAAGAGGUGAUCCAUGAGAUGAAGUUCUCUCCAGACGGAGCGUACCUGGCGGUGGGAUCCAACGACGGGCUGGUGGACGUCUACGCUGUCGCCCAGAGAUACAAGAAGGUUGGAGAGUGCAGUAAAUCCUCCAGCUUCAUCACACACCUGGACUGGUCUGUGGACAGUAAGGUCCUGCAGAGCAACGACGGAGCCGGAGAGCGACUCUUCUACCGGAUGCCCUUGGGGAAGCCCAUGCUCACUAAGGACGAGGUCAAAGGUCAGCGCUGGGCCACCUGGAGCGGCGUCCUGGGCUCGGAGGUCAGUGGCAUCUGGCCCAAGUACUCCGACCUGUGCCAGGUCAACGCCGUGGACGCCAACCACUCCGCCGCCGUGCUGGUCACCGGGGACGACCUGGGCCUGGUGAAGCUGUACCGCUUCCCCUGCCUGAGGAAAGGAGCCAAAUUCAAGAAGUACAUCGGCCACUCGGCUCACGUCACCAACGUGCGCUGGUCACAUGACCUGCAGUGGGUGAUGACCACCGGCGGCGCCGACCACGCCCUCUUCCAGUGGAGGUUCCUGCCGGAGGCGGUCAUGAAUGGAGGGCUGGACGUCAACGUGCAAGACGCUCACGGAGACUCGAACAGCGAGGAGUCGGACAGCGACGUGUCCGACGUCCCGGAGCUGGACUCCGACAUCGAGCAGGAGACGCAGAUCAGCUACGACCGGCAGGUGUAUAAGGAGGACCUGCCUCAGCUCCGACAGCAGAGCCGGGAGAAGAAGCGGCAGGUGGGGUCUCUGAAGAGGCAGCGGGGUCCUGACCAGGGCCUCCGCCUGCAGUUCGUUCACGGGUACCGAGGUUACGACUGCAGGAACAACCUGUUCUACACUCAGAGCGGCGAGGUGCUGUACCACGUGGCGGCGGUGGGCGUGGUCUACAACCGCCAGCUGCACAGCCAGCGCUUCUACCUCGGCCACGACGACGACAUCCUGAGCCUCAGCAUCCACCCGCUGAAGGACUACGCCGCCACGGGGCAGGUGGGCAGAGACCCGUCCAUCCACGUGUGGGACAUCCAGACCCUGAAGUGUCUCUCACUGCUGAGGGGCUUCCACCAGAGGGGAGUGUGUGCCCUGGACUUCUCAGCUGAUGGGAAGAGUCUGGUUUCUGUCGGCGUGGACGACGGACACUGGGUCGUGGUCUGGGACUGGAAGCGAGGAGAGAAACUGGCCACGGCUCGGGGUCAUAAGGAGAAGAUCUUUGUGGUGAAGUGUAAUCCCCUGCUGAUGGACAAACUGGUCACCGUGGGAAUCAAACACAUCAAGUUCUGGCAACAUGCUGGCGGCGGUCUGACCUUCAGGCGCGGUGCGUUCAGGAGCGUGGGCCGGCCGGAGACGAUGAUGUCGGUGUGUUACGGCCGCACCGAGGCGCUGGUGUUCUCCGGAGCCGCCACCGGAGACGUGUACAUCUGGAAGGAGCCGCUGCUGAUGAAGACGGUCAAAGCUCACGAUGGGCCGGUGUUCGCCAUGUUCUCCCUGGACAAGGGGUUCGUGACGGGGGGAAAGGACGGCGUGGUGGAGCUGUGGGACGACACGUUCGAUCGCUGCCUGAAGACUUACGCCAUCAAGAGAGCCGCGCUGUCCCCGGGAUCGAAAGGCCUGCUGCUGGAGGACAACCCGUCCAUCAGAGCCAUCACUCUGGGUCACGGUCACAUUCUAGUCGGAACCAAAAACGGGGAAGUUCUGGAGAUCGAUAAGACCGGACCCAUGACCCUGUUGGUGCAGGGUCACAUGGAGGGGGAGGUCUGGGGUCUGGCCCCUCACCCCCUCCUCCCCGUCUGCGCCACCGUGAGCGACGACCGGACGCUGCGUCUGUGGGAGACGUCGGCGAACCACCGCAUGGUGGCCGUGCGCAAGCUGAAGAGAGGGGGGCGCUGCUGCGCCUUCUCCCCGGAUGGGAAGGCUCUGGCGGUGGGGCUGAGCGACGGCGGCGUGCUGGUGGUGAACGCCGACACUCUGGAGGACCUGCUGAGCUUCCACCACCGCAGGGACGCCAUCUCCGACCUGCGCUUCAGCCCCGAUUCGGGUAAGUACCUGGCGGUGGCGUCUCACGACAGCUUCGUGGAUUUUUACAACGUGCUGAGCAGCAAGAGAGUCGGCAUCUGUAAAGGAGCGUCCAGCUACAUCACACACAUCGACUGGGACAGCAGAGGUAAACUGCUGCAGGUGAACUCUGGAGCCAAAGAGCAGCUCUUCUUUGAAGCUCCGAGAGGAAAACAGCAAACCAUCAAAAACUCUGAGCUGGAGCGUAUCGACUGGGCCAGCUGGACCUGCGUCCUGGGCUCCAGCUGCGAGGGAAUAUGGCCGACGCACAGUGACAUCACGGACGUCAACGCCGCCUCGCUCACCAGAGACCGAACCCUCCUGGCCACCGGAGACGACUUCGGCUUCCUGAAGCUGUUCGGCUACCCCGUCAGAGGUCAAUACGCCCGGUUCAAGCGCUACGUGGGUCACAGCGCUCAGGUCACCAACGUGCGCUGGGCUCAGGACGACGCCGCGCUGCUGACGGUGGGCGGGGCCGACACCGCCCUCAUGAUCUGGGCCAGGGAGCGCGGGGGCGGGGUCAGCGCGGAGGGGGAGGGACAUCCGCUCCGCGACAGCCGGGCGACGGUGGACAGCGAGGAGUCGGACGACGACACCGAGGAGGACGGAGGUUACGACAGCGACGUCGCCCGGGAGAAGAGCGUGGACUACGUCACCAAGAUGUACGCCGUGAACAUCCGAGACAUGAGGGGAGUCAAACCUCCUCACCAGCAGAGGGAGCUGUCCGCCGAGGAGAGACCGCCGGUGAGUCGAGCCGCGCCGCAGCCGGAAAAACUGCAGAAGAACAACGUGUCCAAGAAGAAGAGGCCGGUGGAGGACCUGGUUUUGGACCACGUCUUUGGUUUCCGAGGCUUCGAUUGUCGUAACAACCUUCACUACCUCAACGACGGCGCUGAGAUCGUCUACCACACCGCUGCCACGGCGAUCGUCCACAGCCUCAGCACCGGAACUCAGAGUUUCUACGUGGAACACACGGACGACAUCCUCUCACUGACCGUCAACCAGCACCCCAAGUUCAAGAACAUCAUCGCGACAGGGCAGAUCGGUGACGUCAGUGAACUCCCAGGGACCACGCCCUCCAUCCACGUGUGGGACGCCAUGAGCAAGCAGACGCUGUCCAUCCUGCGCUGCCCGCACUCCAAAGGCGUCGGCUACGUCAACUUCAGCGCCACCGGGAAGCUGCUGCUGUCGGUGGGGGUGGAGCCCGAACACACCAUCACCGUGUGGCGCUGGCAGGAAGGAUCCAGAGUGUGCAGCAAGGCCGGGCACCCCGACCGGAUCUUCGUGGUGGAGUUCCGGCCGGACUCGGACUCCCAGUUCGUGUCGGUGGGAAUCAAACACGUGAAGUUCUGGACGCUGGCGGGCGGCGCUCUGAUGUACAAGAAAGGCGUGGUGGGGACGGUGGAGGACGGCCGCAUGCAGACCAUGCUGUCGGUGGCCUUCGGAGCGAACAACUUGACCUUCACCGGCGCCAUCAACGGAGACGUGUACGUGUGGCGGGAGCACUUCCUGCUGAGGGUGGUGGCCAAGGCUCACACGGGGCCGGUGUUCACCAUGUACACCACCCUGAGGGACGGCCUCAUCGUCACCGGGGGCAAGGAGCGGCCGACCAAGGAGGGCGGAGCGGUGAAGCUCUGGGAUCAGGAGAUGAAGCGAUGUCGAGCCUUCCAGCUGGAGACGGAGCAACAGGUCGAGUGUGUUCGAUCGGUCUGCAGGGGAAAGGGGAAGAUCCUGGUGGGGACGAAGGACGGGGAGAUCCUGGAGGUGGGGGAGAAGAACGCAGCGUCCAACCUGCUGCUGGACACUCACUCCCGGGGGGGGAUCUGGGGUCUGAGCGCUCACCCCUCCAAGGAGGUCUUCAUCACCGCCAGCGACGACGCCACCAUCCGACUGUGGGACCUGGCCGACAAGAAGCUGCUGAACAAGGUGUGUGUGGGACACGCCGCCCGCUGCGUGAGCUACAGCGCCGACGGCGAGAUGAUCGCCGUGGGGAUGAAGAACGGCGAGGUGCUCCUCCUCCUCGCCAACUCUCUAAAGAUCUGGGCCAAGAAGCGGGACCGCAGUGUCAGCGUCCAGGACGUCCGCUUCAGCCCGGACCGCCGCCUCCUGGCGGUGGGUUCUCUGGAGAACACGGUGGACGUCUACGACGUGAGCGGCGGUCCGGGUCUGAACCGUCUGGCUUACUGCAGCGACGUCUCGUCCUUCGUCCUGCAGCUGGACUUCUCCGCUGACAGCUGCUACAUCCAGGUCUCCACCGGAGCCUACAGGCGGCAGGUGUUCGAGGUUCCGUCGGGGAAGCCGGUCAGCGACCCGAGCGCCAUCGACAGGAUCACCUGGGCCUCCUGGACCAGCGUGCUCGGAGACGAGGUGUUGGGCAUCUGGCCGCGGAACGCCGACAAGGCGGACGUGACCUGCGCCUGCGUUUCCCACGGCGGCCUCAACGUGGCGACCGGCGACGACUUCGGCCUCGUCAAGCUGUUCGACUUCCCCUGCUCCGAGAAGUUUGCCAAACACAAACGCUACCUCGGACACUCGGCUCACGUCACCAACAUCCGCUUCUCUCACGACGAUCGAUACGUGAUGAGCACGGGAGGAGACGACUGCAGUGUGUUUGUGUGGAAAUGUUUGUAAACAGCUCCAAAGCGCCUUAUCAAGCACCAGGAGUGGAGACUGAGGGAAUCGAACCGGGAACCCUGACAGCAGGAAAGUGAGGGCCACGUCAUUCUCCUCCACAGCGCCCCCCACCGGGGGUCAGGGUUCGAGCCCCGCCUUCCCAGAGGUUACAGCAGGUUCUGGUGGGCGGGGCCGGUGGGCGGGGCCAGUGGGCGGGGCCGGAGGUCAGCAGGAAGACGACCUCCAGGAGCAAGGCGACCUUCAGCCUCCUCCGGUCUCUGUGGCGGAUUCUUCACUUCGGCUCCUCUUCCUGUGACGUUGAGUCUUUGUCUAUUUUUUUGUAUAAAUCUGCAUAUUUUUGUUAUUUUUAUCAAAAAACGGAGAAAGAGGAAAUGAGACGAGUGAGAAUCUGCGAGGUCCCGUUUCCUCGACCUCGUCCAGUGACGAUGAGAAGCUUGGUGGUUUCAGAGUCGACUGUCACAUUCUGCUGUUCAUCUUUCUGCCGUUUCCAUGGAAACGACAUCAUUUUCAAAACGUUGCCGUGUAAACGAGAAACAGCUCUGAAAUAAGAAAACCAAAAGUCAUUUUCACUCUUCGUCGUCAUGGAAACGGGGCCUGAAAUUGAAUUUUAAACAUUUAAAAGUGACAAAGACUAAACGAGUUAAACACAAUUUUUUAUUUUAUUUUCAAGGUUCAUUUUUAUACGUUUGUAUUUUCAGUGUCAUGUUUUAGAGUUCAUGUCAUUCCAAUCAUUUUUUUAAUAAUAUUUAUUUUAUCUGUCAAAAGGAAAAAAAUGCAAGUUUUAUAAAGGAGGGAAAAUACAAACCUUUUGUUUGAGAAAAAUAAUGGCACUUUAAGAAAAACCCAGUUCUAUUCAGUAAAGAGAAAUAACUUUACAGCAAAAACAUUAAUGACAAAAAUAAAACUAGAUGUUUCAAUUAAAGAUAAAUAUGAGUAUAUUUAUAAUUCUGAGCCUUAAGGAAGAAAAAUAGAAUUGAAAAUUAUAUUCAUUGAUAACUAACAAAGCUAAUUAAUUUAAAAUAUGUGGAAAUUUUCUCUGGACAAUAAACAAAUCAGUUAUUACAAAAAAGAUAAAUUAUAUAUGUGUGUGUGUGUGUGUGUGUGUGUGUGUGUGUGUGUGUGUGUGUGUGUGUGUGUGUGUGUGUGUAAAUUGAAAUAUUUAUAGUAAAAUGUGCAUGAAAGUAAUGUGCAUAAAAAUAAUCUGAGGGGUUUGAAUAUUUAAAUAACUAAACGAAGCAUUUUCAUCCAAACAGCUGAAUGAAAAGUCUUUACAUUUAUAAGUCAGAAUCUGAUCGUUUGCUACUAAAACAAAGUGAGUUUAAGAAUGAAAAAGCUGAAUAGCGUUCUGAAAUCCGUUCUGAAGCUUCCAGCAGGUCGUCUCCAUGUUGAACACUGCCAACCGGAUGCAGAUGUGAUUGGUUCAGCCUGUCACAUGACCGCAUCACAUGGACAGAGGAGGAGCUGUGAUUGGCUGAUUUAUGCUGAACUUUAACUCAGAAAAUCAAAUCAACUGAGGACUGAUAAUGUGGGAUUUAAUGUGUUUAUUUACUCUCUGAAAUUCAGGAUUUUUUGAGUGGAUUCUCACGAGAAACCAACAUCAUCGCCCCUGCUGUUGUUCUCUACAGUGUGUGUGUGUGUGUGUGUGUGUGUGUGUGUGUGUGUGUGUGUGUGUGUGUGUGUGUGUGUGUGUGAGGCCUGAAUUAAAUUAUAAAGCUUGUAACUGUCUUUAUUAAUCAACGAGUCUCUCGUUCAGCUGCAGCUCCUCCUCUAAUCAGCCGAUAAAGCUUAAAAAAGAAAAUCUCAAAAUCUCCCUCAAAAUAUGAAGAAUUUCAAAUUCGAAUAUGAAAAAAGUUUUAUGUCAAAAUAUUGUUGAAAUCAUGUGAUUUUUGCUCCAUGAGACAUUAAAACUGGAGGGAUUUACUGACUCCUCACGCUGCCGUUUCCUCUUUCAGCUGAACUUCAUUCGUUUCAGUCUGGUUCCUUGGAACAUGAAGGUUCAUGUCGUCUCCGCCCUCCACCAGUCUUCUUCACAUAACACGUCUGUAAAGACACGCACUGCUCAAAAACAGUUUUUACACCAAAUUCAUUCAUUCUUUGUUUGUAAAAUAAAUGAAAACAGAGGGUGGAAGUCACCAAGGGAUCAGUCAAGCCCUCGUCAGAUCCGUCGGGAUAUCUGAUCUCCGUUUAAACCUCUACCUGAGGGAAAACCGUGUUUGGUCAUUUCCUAAUAAUCCUUUUCAAAACUUGCAUUUCCACUUGACGCCGGUGUGAACGGGAGCAGAGACUCUUUGUUCCAUCUCCAGGAAACUUGAUGUUUGGUUUGGAGGGUUGUUUGGUCGCGGUAAAAUACGGACAUCAGUGUUUCUGGACAUGGCGCCACGCUGCUGGAAACUGAGUCUGUUCUGGUUUCAAAGAGCUUCUUUCCUGCUUGAUUUCACUGAAGUGCCUUUCUGGAUCUUUCUAUCUGCACUCCUCCGUUGAUUGGUUGAUUGGUUUCUUUAUGUUGGGAUCAGGUCACAUGAUGUAUUUCUUUAUCUUGUCUUCUUGUUUCUACUGUCUGGUGCUACAUCGAGAAUGUUCCUCCUGAUAAAUGGGACACAUGUAAAGCUUCACGAUGGUAAAAAAAAACAAAAAAACAAAACAACAACAACAACAGAAGAAGAAACUUUGUGCAAAGUGUUUGUUUCUGCCUGAUUCUCUGCUGUGGAUGCUCAAUAUUCUAACUGUUGUAAUGAAAAGUGUUUCUGUAAUUAUGAAGAAAACAAGAUGAGAAA